AUGGCAGAUUUAUCUACCACCCUCCCACUCACUCCCGAAUCAGUCCACAAAGCAUACUCCAAGAUCCAGAAUCAUGUACAUAAGACACCGCUCCUCACCAACAAAACAAUAAACACCAUCGCUUCGACCUCUUCUUCCGCCGGCCCAUCACCAAAGUUCAACAUAUACUUCAAGUGUGAGAAUUACCAAAGGAUAGGUGCAUUCAAGGCUAGAGGUGCUUUUCAUGCGGUGACACAUCUGAUCGAUGAGCUGGGAUUGGAGGAAGUCAGAAAGAGAGGGGUGGUUACACAUUCUUCGGGUAAUCACGCCCAAGCACUCGCUCUCGCCGCAUCAUCCUUCGACAUCCCCGCUCACAUCGUCAUGCCCACUAUAUCCACCCCAUCCAAAAUCGCCGGUACUCGCACUUACACCCCUCAAGUCUACUUCAGUGGAUCGACGAGUGAAGAGCGAGAAGCGGUCGUGAAGCAGGUCAUACAGGAUACAGGAGCUAUACUGGUUCCUCCUUAUGAUCAUCCUGAUAUCAUGUUAGGACAAGGCACGACAGCACUAGAACUCCAAAAGCAAUACGAAAUCGCCAAGAAGGACGAACAGGAGAAAUCUGAUUUGAAAGCUGUUUUCGCUCCACUGGGUGGUGGUGGAUUAUUAUCUGGUAUAUCAAUCUACUUCUCCAACCAGCCUGAUGUAUAUGUAAUAGGGUGUGAACCAUCUUAUGAAGGUGGUAAUGAUGGUGAAAGAGGAUUGAAAUCGGUACCUCAGCAGCGGAUCGAGAAAGUUAAAACUCUCACUAUAGCUGAUGGGUUGAGAACGCCAGUAGGUGAAUUACCUUGGAAAGUUUUUACAAGUGGAUCAUCAACGAAAUCGAAGAAUUUAGAGAAUAUAUACAGUGUAACAGAAGAAGAGAUCAAGCAGGUCAUGACAUUGGUCUUGGAACGGAUGAAAGUGUUCAUAGAACCUAGUGCGGCUGUACCCCUCGCGGUGGUACUUUACAAUCAAGAAUUUAGACGAUGGGCAUAUGAAAAGCAGAAAGAAAAAGGGGUGAUUGAGGGCGGAUGGGAUAUAGCGGUUGUGUUUUCAGGUGGGAAUACUACUAUAGAUGCGAUUGUUGGACUUUUUGGAGAGACUCAAGAUACGGAAAGAGCUGAAGGAAAGAUAGGCAAAGAUGGGAGGAAGAUGGCUGAGAACGUUGCUGGCUAA